AUGGCGGAAUCUCCCAAGUCCCCGGGCUCUUGGUCACCUUCCCCCAAAAGUCCCGCCUCAGCCAACUCUCAGGGGAAGUUCCUCGGCGUGUUUGGGUCAGGAAACACAGGCGGAUCAGGAGUAUCAGGGGUAUCAGGGGGGAUAGGAGCGAAUGGCAAUGGCAGCAGUGGCGGCAUCAGCAGCAGCGGGAUGGCAGCUGGAGACACGGGAGGAGGAGUAGUGGGAGGAGGAGUGGUGGGAGGGGAGGGCGAUGGUGUACCAAUGGGACCUCAUGUGCACCAUCACGUGACGCCUGAUGGACGGGUAGUGGCAUACGAGACAGUGCAGGACCGUUUAAUGAACGUCUUUGGCAAAGCCGCAGGCUACAUCUGGUCCUUCUCACACACCGUUGCGCACGUCGACGUCGUGCGUCCCAUCACCACCUCCCAUCGCCGCCGCCGCUACUACGAUAACGAUGACGAUGGGAGGGGGCCGGGCCGCUUGAGCAGAAGCUACUUUGGCGCGAGGGAUAGCUCUCCUGUGUGGCGGGCGCGGAGGCAGGGCGGGAGGGGGAGGAGGCGGGAUGAGGACGAGGAGGGGGGGUUGAUCCAGGGAAUUAAUCAUGGGUUGUAUGGGGAGGGGGCGAGGCUGAAGCUGAUGCAGAUCUGGGACUUUCCGGAUAAGGAGACUGGGAAGCCCAGGCUUCCGUACGGGCUCAGCUUUGGAGUCGGUGCUAAUUACGAGGUGAAUGGGAGCCGCCUGGAGCCAAAGCUGAGGAUCCGAACCCCCAACGUGGCCCUGCACCUGCUUCCCGAACCUGACAUUGAGCUUCGGUGGAAGUGGAGGCUCGGCACCACCAACGUCGCCCUUGAUGUUCGCUACACCCUGCCUCUGCGUUCUUUUGAUCGUUUCUGGGACCGAGCAGCUGGAGUCGGGCUGUCGGUGAACCUCUUUAACCCCAUCGGCACGGGAUUUCAUCUAUCUCCUGGUGGUUUGGAGUUUGACGAGCAGGUGGUUAAGUUAGGCAAGCACACGAAGCUCCGCCUAGCUGCAACGUUCAUGUUUCCAAAACACCUGCCUCUGGAGGAAGACGAAGAUCCAAUCCGGGUGCGCGUCAACCGCUUAGGAAUCAAAACGCGGCUAGCUUGA